AAUAUGCACAGUGAGUACCAUUAGCACAUCAAAGGCAUUGAUUGAUUUAUAUUAGGUGUGACUUUUUUAAAACACAUUUAGUUCUAUAUGCUAUUUAAAAUUUUCUUUUUGGUCAGUCAAUUAUUUAAUCCCAAUAUGCAGCUCUAAUAAUUAGACCUUCUUAAUAUAUGACAUUCCAAUAAUUCCAAAUGAAUACUCUGUUCUUUUGAUGCAGUACUUCCAAUUGUUGCAAUGCUGUUGAGUUCUGGUCUUUCAUGUCCUGUUUCACUUUUAAAUCCUCGUUAGUCGGCAGUGGGAAAUGUUUGUCCUUUUGAGAAUGGUAAUUAAAAAAAAUAAAAAUAAAACACUUUUAUGGACGUAGUCUGUUGACACCAUAUAUCUUACUGGUAUGAUGUGAUGGAGUCCUCUGGAACAAAGUAUGGCCAUAUCCUUUCAAAUUUUUAUUAACAAAGUGAGGGAAGUAACAUUAUAAAUACUUAAUAUCUUUCUUGCUAGAUUUGUUGAGGAUUUGGACACCAGCUGCUCUUUUUCUGAAGCAAAUUUGAAUAUUUUAUGCAUUUGUGGCCUUGUACCCAUCCAGCUAUAUUCUGGUAUGAUACUGAUUCAAACCUAUAUAAGCAGCAUUUUCUUUUCCCCUUUAAAUAAGAUUAUUUGGUAUUUUAGCUAUUACAUUAGAUAAAAUAGAUUUUUUUUUAAUUUUGGUAAUCAAAUUUUUACUUGCUAAAGUUUAUCUUCAGAAAUAUAAGUUUGGUAAUGAACCAUCCCCUUUUCCUGUUUUUCACAGUGACGUCACAAGAUAACUGGCUACAACCCAUCCCUUUAUAAAUGCUAAACCUAUAUAACCAGUAUGUGUGUGUUGUAAUGCUUUUUGUAAUAUUUUUCUGAUUUACACCAGUAGAGGGCGUCGUAUACAGUACAGGAGUCUAUUGCGAUUAAAUGGCACUGGGCCUAAAGUCCAGAAUGAGUCAAUUAUUUAGGUUUAUAGUUUACAGUGACAUAUAAUCACUUGAAUGUGUCUUAUAUUUUGACUAAAAACAACCAAAGAGGAUAUCGUGCUGGCCGCUUAUGUAUUUUAAAUAAUGUCUCAUGACCCUUUUGCGGGCUGAUUUUUGGAGGACCAUAUAUCCCAUGAUGCAAUGCAUUGUCCUGCUUUUUGAGCGGUCGAGAGUCUCAACGUGUUCGAUUGUGGGCAUGUAUGAACUUGGGUUCAAUUAAACAAGCGUAUUUUCGUUUUAAAUCUACUGUAUCUUCUGUAAGAGUGUUCUACAUGAAAUAAAACGAGAGAAACUGCGUAUCGAAAAUGUCUUUGGUGUGUGCAAUCUCAAAUGAGGUACCGGAACACCCUUGCGUCUCUCCGGUCUCCAAUCAAGUAUUUGAACGCCGCCUGAUCGAGAAAUACAUCGCUGAGAAUGGCGCAGAUCCGAUCAAUGGACAGCCUCUAUCUGAGGAGCAGCUUGUUGACAUCAAGGUCUCUCACCCCAUUCGGCCCAAGGCACCAUCUGCUACCAGCAUCCCUGCAAUUCUGAAAUCUCUGCAGGAUGAGUGGGAUGCAGUAAUGUUGCACAGCUUUACGCUGCGCCAGCAGCUCCAGACGACACGCCAGGAGCUGUCUCAUGCACUCUACCAGCAUGAUGCUGCUUGCAGAGUUAUUGCUCGCCUUACUAAAGAGGUCACUGCAGCCAGAGAGGCCUUGGCCACUCUCAAACCUCAAGCUGGAUUGGUUGCUCCUCAGGCUGCUCCCACCUCCCAGCCUGCCAUUGUGGGUGCGGGUGGUGAGCCCAUGGAGGUUAGCGAACAAGUGGGAAUGACUCCGGAGAUCAUACAGAAGCUGCAAGACAAGGCCACUGUCCUGACCACAGAGAGAAAGAAGAGGGGAAAGACUGUGCCAGAAGAGCUGGUUAGAGCUGAGGAUCUUACCAAGUAUCGCCAAGUAGCCUCCCAUGCUGGUCUUCACAGUGCCAGUAUCCCUGGAAUUCUUGCUCUGGAUCUCUGCCCCACAGAUACCAACAAAGUGCUCACAGGUGGGGCAGAUAAGAAUGUGGUGGUGUUUGAUCGCCGUGAGGAGCAGAUUGUAGCCACUCUCAAAGGCCACACCAAAAAGGUCACAUCUGUCAUCUACCAUCCAUCCCAGUCGGUGGUGUUCUCAGCAUCCCCAGACAGCACUAUUCGUGUCUGGUCUGUGUCGGGAGGCAACUGUGUGCAGGUGGUGAGGGCCCAUGAGGCAGGGGUUACUGGCCUCUCCCUCCAUGCUACUGGUGACUACCUGCUCAGUUCCUCUGAGGAUCAGUACUGGGCCUUUUCCGAUAUUCAGACCGGUCGUGUUCUCACCAAAGUCACUGAUGAGACAGCAGGAUGCGCACUUACCUGUGCUCAGUUCCACCCUGAUGGGUUGAUUUUCGGCACUGGCACGGCGGAUUCGCAGAUUAAGAUCUGGGACCUGAAGGAGCGCACCAAUGUGGCAAACUUCCCUGGCCACUCCGGCCCCGUCACAGCCAUCGCCUUCUCUGAGAACGGAUACUAUCUGGCCACUGGUGCUCAGGAUAGCUCUCUGAAGCUGUGGGAUUUGAGAAAGCUGAAGAACUUUAAGACCAUCACCUUGGACAAUAACUACGAGGUGAAGUCACUGGUAUUUGACCAAAGUGGAACAUAUCUGGCUGUUGGAGGAUCUGAUAUCCGAGUUUACAUUUGCAAACAGUGGUCUGAGGUCCUCAACUUUACUGAUCACACUGGUCUGGUUACGGGAGUGGCGUUUGGUGAGCAUGCCCAGUUCCUGUCCUCCACUGGAAUGGACAGAAGCCUCAAGUUCUACAGCCUGUAGAGCAGAAAAGGAAAUGGAUUAAGUGAAAAGGAUAGAAAUUAUAUUCUAGCCCACAAUCUAUUUUAGUGGGAGACACAAAUUCCAAGAGCAGUAGAACCUGUCCACAUAAGGAAGACAGAACUCUGAUGAUUUCUUUACUUUUUAGUCUGUAUCUGCUAUUACAGACACAUUAUGAUCCAUUUAUGUAUACAUUACUCUGUGGUGAAGUUUGAACUUGAACAUGAAUCCAUAAAGUUGUCUCAGAGUUGUCCCUGCACCUUCUGCUUUGCCACGCCUGUUUGUGCAUUCUUGCGAACUCUUUGUUGCAGUUAUUGGUAGUGAUGGGUGAUUACUUUGUAAAGGCCUCCUGAAACGAGUCGGUGUCUGUAAGCUGUACAUCAUGGCAGUGUGGCAAAGGAGAACGCAGGGCUUCCUGCGUACUCAACUAUCGCAUAAUUUACUAUAUAGUGGAGUUCUACUUAAAGAUUUUUUGUUGAUGUGACUGAUUUUGCUCUUUUGUUUUCAGACUAAUUUUUUCUCUCUCGUUUCCUUUGUAGCUUUGUAGUCUUGCUGUUGUCUGUUAUGCCUAAUUUUUAUAUGCUGUCAUGACCUGAAACCAGAAUGAUAGAUACGUUUCAAUAAAGGCAAUGCUGUUUUUAAACAA